AUGUCGGAUCCGGGACAAGACCCUGGACGGUCCAAAAAGGACCAGCGGAAACUAUGGAUCGACCCAGAGUCCACGGACGCCAUGACAACGAUGCCGAGUAUUAGCGUAGAGGCCCCGGAUGGCCAGCCGACGACAACCCCGGGACAAACGAACUCGGCGGAAGACGCUUCACUACCUACGCUACCUGGACAGGCCUCGCAGGCCAGCCAAACCGACCCGAAGGAAACGUUGCUCAAAGUUCCCGCGCCGAAACGAACUACGAGAACUCGGCAAACGAAGACCAAACCGAGCGAGCUACCUAUCACGGAACUUGAUGAGGAUAAUCGAUCCACCGGUUCUAGUUAUCAAGGGGAAAGUGAUGCAAUUGGGCUGGAGCCGCCUAGCCGAACCCGGGUUCGGAAACCACGAGUUCCCAGCUCUCCCCCCCAGACUAGCCAGCUACCUAUGAUCGCCGCGCUACCUCAAACCACUCGGACUCCGUAUCAGGAAGUGUGGGACACGUUACCUCGAUCCAGUGCCCUCUUCGGAAAUCCAGCUACCUGCGGCGUCGAACGUCAACCUGCUACCUAUCGCGAGGGUCCGACUACAGCCCUGGACCGCCCCGUAGCUACCUACAGGGACCCGGAUCCCAGUCAUUACGGGUCACGACGAAUCCUGUACGGACCGGAGGAGCUACCUAAUCGGCGCAGAAUCCAACCGCUAUACCGGGAUUACGAAGGCGUCGAGGAGGACUACGUGAAACUUGAAGUGUACGUUUUCCCGGAUCCUCAGAUGAGGCUGGAGUGGGAGGAGGAUGACGGGAGGAUGGAGGAUUGGCGGUUGGGGGAGGUUGAGAGGGUUGGGGAGGACCUCACCAGGUACUGGAGCCUGGUGGAACGUCUCCAGGUACACAUGGAUUUUAUUAUUAAAUUCAUGGCGUACCUGGGUCAUAAUUUUUUCGCCAACAAGGAAUCGCAGCUUCACCAGGAGAUGAGGAAGUUCCUCAACUUUUUGCUGCUGAUGGGUCGAGAAAAUGAGGCCCUGGAGAUGUUGCCUCACGCGCAGGGCAUCGCGGCAGCCGCCGUGCUGAUCCUUGACGCGCAGCAGCACUAUGCGGUAAUCUCUGUGCAGACGAUACGUGCAGCCUUCAUAGAAGGCAUUUUUAAGGAGUCUAAUGAAGAGGACAUUAAGCAGCUCGGCGUGACUGCUCUCGAUUCCAAACUGAUGAUGCUUGAGACCUAUUGGGCUAAGCUGGAAGCCUCUCAUGAGAAGCUUGUUUCUCAAAAAAUCGAGAAUUUGACCUCUCUCGACUAUUUCAAGCAUCAAGUUUUUGAUUCAGCUCUUAAGAACUUCGCUGGUGCUAAGGUGGCUCUACUUCAGCUUUUGGAGAAGAAAGGCGCUCCAAACCUGAACCAGUCACUACGUGUACCUGGGGAAGGACAUUUGACCAGCUCAAAUCGUCGUGCUCUGCCUGAGAUUUCUCUGCCAAAAUUCUCAGGCAUCUAUCAGGAAUGGAGGCCAUGGAGACAUCUUUUCCAAUCGUUAGUUGGCUCCAAUCAGGACAUUCCAGGGGUCGAGAGGAUGCACUACCUCCGCGUCUGUCUCUCUGGUGAGCCUCUCAAGCUCAUCUCUAACUUGCCCGUCUCUGAAGAAUCAUUUCGCAUUCCCUGGAGAACUCUCGUUGAUCGCUACGAGAACAAGCGUUUACUCGUUGCAGCUGAUCUUGACCAGCUCUUGAAUCCAGCUCCAAUGAAAUCGCACAGCGCCUCGGACCUCAAUCUCUUGACCAGCUCGAUCACUGAAGCUCUCAGCGCUCUCAAGGCUCUGGAUCAGCCAACUGAUCAUUGGGGUCCAGUGGUUGUUCACGUUCUCACUCGUCGGCUAUCGAGCAAACUCAGGGAAGCUUGGGAGAAUAAAAUCGGCGCCUCCACUGAAUAUUCUUCUCUUCACCAUCUCCUUGAUUUCCUCCAAGGUCGCUCUCGAUCCAUGGAGACUCUGGAGGUUGGCUCGCAGUCGCUCUCUUCAGCAAGCUCAUCUCGUCCUUCUCAACCCACCGUUCAGACUCGAUCCAUGACAAAGACCAGCGCCAAGGUUAACCAGAUGUCAGCCUCUCGUCCUUCUCAGCAGUCGGCUCAGCAACUUCAUGGCCCUUCUCAAAAAAUACAGUCCACACAAUCGACAUCUUGGGCUGACGCUGGCUACCCGUGCUCGUACUGCAAGAGGGACCAUUACAUCGCCUCUUGCAGCGAAUUUAAAGCUCUCUCGCCCAUCGCAAGGAAGCAAGUCGUCGACAAACUCUACCUGUGCUACAACUGCUUGGGGAAGCACAGCAUCAGAGUCUGCCAGACAUCUCGUACGUGCACGACUUGCCAGGAGAAGCAUCACACACUUCUCCAUCUGGAUCGCUCUCGUCGCCCUGCUCAGACACGACCUGCUCAUCAGACUGUCUCCACACAGCCUCAGCCUCAGCCGCAGCAACCUACCAGACCUGCUCAGUUUUUAGGAGUACUCUCAGUGACUUAUAAUAGUGCUGGGGAGCUGAAGAAGCAGCGUAGCUCCAUCCACAUUUCUGGUGUGGGUGAGUCGUCGUUUGGGACAACGUCCGGCGAGGUUCAUCUCCCGCUACAAUCGAUCUACUCAGCAGAACGUAUCGAAGUUAUCGCUCAUUCUCUUGAUCAUCUCACGGCAUCUCUACCGACCUUCUCAGCAGAGGAUCUCGAGUGGGAUCAUCUCAAUGAUCUCAAUUUAGCGGAUCCGAAUUUUCGAGUCCCUGCUCCAAUUGAUUUGCUCAUCGGCGCUGAUGUAUUUGGUCGAAUCAUCAAGCCCAGCAUCAUCAAACAGGGAGCAGAUGCUCCAGUUGCUCAGCUCACAUCUUUCGGCUGGAUUGUGUUCGGCUCUACAGGUUCAGCGUUAGCUCUUACUCGACUCGCUCAACACCUGGCUGUCUCAGAGGUUUCUAAGGAUCAGCUCGAAGAUCUUCUCGCUGAAUUUUGGAUCCAGGAAGAAGUUCCUGGACGCGUCGACUCGAACCUCUCAGCUGACAAGCUUAGCUGUGAGCAGCAUUUUCGUCAGACUCACUCUAGAGACAGCUCAGGUCGUUACAUCAUUCGAUUGCCCCUCUCAUCUCCAAUUUCGUUGUUAGGAAAUUCUUAUCGCCCAGCUCUAGCUUGUCUCCAUCGGAUUAUCGCUAGGAUUUCCAAAGAUCAGCGCUUCUUUCAGCUCUACUCUGACUUUCUCAAAGAAUAUGUCGAUCUCGAUCAUAUGAGGUUGAUAGUUCCUUCUCUUGUUAGCUCUUCGUCUUCGGUUCAGGUGGAGACCGCUUGUUGCUCUGACGGGAUGACCUUGGCACAUGAAGCUCAGGCUUCAGGAGGGUUGAGGGUCUCUGAGGAGCUUCGAGUAGGACCAUCUGGCAUUCGCAGGAGUUAUUACCUUCCUCAUCAUGGCGUAGUUAGAGAGAGCAGCGUAACAACGAAACUGAGAGUAGUUUUCAAUGGAUCAGCGAUGACCAGCUCAGGGAAAUCGCUCAACGAUAUUCUCCAUACAGGGGCCAAGCUGCAGCGCGACAUAUCUGAUGUUCUUCUCUGGACUAGGCAGCACAAGGUCAUCUUCAUGACGGACAUCACGAAGAUGUUCCGUCAGAUCAGAGUCCAUGAAGAUGACUGGCCUCUGCAGCAGAUUUUAUGGACCAACUCACAUGGAGGACUCUCAACGUAUCAAUUGACCACCGUCACGUAUGGGACUAGAUCAGCUCCGUUUCUCGCGAAUCGUGUUCUUCUCCAGCUCGCUGAGGAUGAAGGGCACAGAUUUCCGCUGGCCGUCGAUCCCAUCGUGAAGGGAAGAUACGUUGAUGACAUCUGUGGAGGUGCAGAUACGCAUGACGAACUCGUAGAAACCGCUGAAGAUGUUCGCAAUCUCUGUGCUGCUGGAGGGAUGCCUUUGGCAAAAUGGCAUAGAAACAGCUCAGACCUUCUCAGAUGGCUCGAUCCUGACCACACCUCAAAUGACCAGCGAAUCUACGAGGACUCAGAGACCAGAAUACUGGGGUUAUCCUGGCAGCCCAACUCAGAUAACUUCGUCUUCUCAACCAAACCAUCGCAGAACUUGACCGUCUCCAAGCGGAUUAUUCUGUCAGAAAUUGCUCAGCUAUACGACCCUCUCGGAUUUCUCUCUCCUGUAGUCAUCAGAGGAAAGAUGCUCCUACAGGAGAUUUGGAUUGAAAAGCUUGGUUGGGAUGAUGAAGUUUCGCCUCAAGUAGCACAUCGAUGGAAUAGUUUUCGUCAGGAUCUCACCUCGUUGUCCAGCGUAUCCAUACCCAGAUGGAUUGGACUGCUCCAGAACUCCGUAGUAGAAUUACACGGAUUCUCAGACGCCUCUCAGCUCGCGAUGUCAGCCGUGGUCUUUCUCAAGGUCUUCAAUAAUAAUGAAAAGCAUCGCAUAUCAUUGGUCUGCUCGAAAACUAAAGUAGCUCCUCUCAAACGGCUGACUAUUCCAAGGCUUGAGCUCUCAGCUGCAGUUCUUCUUGCUAAGCUUGUAAAGUACGUUAAAGACCAGCUCAACUUCUCGAAUGUGCCUACGUACUUAUGGACCGACUCUUCAGUUUCGCUUACAUGGAUCAGCUCUCACCCUUCCAGAUGGAAGGAGUUCGUUAGAAAUCGUGUCCAGCUCAUUCAGGAAUUGACGGAUGCUCAGUGGGAGCUCGUUCCUGGCAAGGAGAACCCAGCUGAUUGCGCAUCUCGUGGAUUAACGACAUCUCAACUCGCAUCGCACAAGCUAUGGUGGCAGGGUCCAUCAUGGCUCAAGAAGAGCUCAUCUCAUUGGCCAUCUCUGGAACUCUCUUCAGUGGCAUCAGCUGAUCUUGAAGAGAAACCUGGUGUAGUGCUCAACGUUAAAGUCCAGCGCCCAGAGAUCUGGGAUUUAGUACAUCGCUAUUCCUCGCUCAGUAAGCUGCUCAGAAUUACUGCUCUCUGGCAACGUUUUAUUGCUCGUCUCAGAAAUAUUCCAGGAUCUUCGUUAAAGAUAGCUCUCAACCCUAGUGAUAUUGAACAAGCUCGUCUCUUCUGGAUCAAGGCUACGCAUAUUGAUCACCAGGGGAUUCUUCGCGUUGGCGGACGUCUCAAGUUUGCUCAGCUCGACAAUGAUAGCAAACAUCAAGCUAUCAUUCCGAAGGAGUCUCAGUUUGCUCAGCUCAUUAUUCAGGAUGCUCAUCUCAGGACUCUUCAUGGUGGAACGCAGCUCACGCUUGGUCAGCUCAGACGAUCUUACUGGAUUGUUGGUGGAAGAGCACCACGAGGAAUAAGAGCUCAACAAGUCAUGGGUCAGCUCCCAGUAGCUCGUCUCUCACCCGGCCGUGCAUUUCUCAAUACAGGGGUUGAUUAUGCCGGUCCAGUUUCGCUCCGCUCAUGGAAAGGACGUGGCCAUAAAUCUUGUAAAGGAUGGCUCGCAAUUUUCGUUUGUAUGGCUACGUCCGCGGUUCAUCUCGAAGUCGUCUCAGAUUAUACAUCUGACGGCUUCAUGGCAGCGUAUCGUCGUUUUGUUGCUCGGCGCGGGCUCUGUAGGAAUUUGUUCUCAGAUUGUGGUACAAACUUGCUCGGAGCCGACAAAGAAAUAAAAAAGCUCUUCUCAAUGGCGUCCAAGGAAUCGGACCAGCUUGCUCAUCUCUUGCUCAACGACGGAACGAAGUGGUCGUUCAACCCACCAGAUGCUCCUCACUUUGGAGGAAAGUGGGAAGCAGCAGUGAAGUCGGUUAAGUUCCAUCUCAAACGGACAAUUGGAGAAGACCUGCUUAUAUUCGAGGAACUAACCACCCUGCUUGCUCAAAUCGAAGCCGCGCUCAAUUCUCGUCCACUUGAACCGCUCUCGGAAGAUCCUGAUGACGUCUCAGCUCUCACUCCAGGACACUUCCUAAUUGGACAUACUCUGACAGCUCUGCCUGAACCUUCGCUGGACAACUCGAACAUCGCUCGUUUAACUCGUUGGCAACUCAUCCAGCAGAAAGUUCAGAGCUUCUGGAAAAGGUGGUCCACCAGCUAUAUUCAGCAUCUCCAGUCCAUCUCCAAGUGGCACCACCCAUCUCACGACAUCAAGAUCGGCUCUAUAGUCCUUCUCACCGACGAGAGGUUUCCACCAACGAAAUGGCCUCUCGCUCGAGUUACCGCUCUCCAUCCUGGUGGAGAUGGGCUCACCAGGGUGGUAACCAUCAAGACGUCCAGCUCUACUCUUCAGCGGCCCAUCUCUAAGCUUGCCCUUCUACCAAUAUCGACCAGCGACUUCUGA